GACGGGGCACGGAACCGUCCUGCCGGGGCGCGGCGGGCCCCGGGCGGCUUUGGCGGUGGGGCGGCGGGAAGGGCCGGGGCUGGAAGCUUUCCGCUUCCGGGCUGCGCUGCACGGCGGGAAGGUGGCGGAGCCAUUACGGUGUAGAGCCACAGCACCGCAAGCAUGUCGAUCGGAGUGCCGAUCAAAGUGCUGCACGAGGCAGAAGGCCACAUUGUGACAUGCGAGACCAACACAGGAGAAGUGUACCGAGGGAAGCUUAUUGAAGCCGAGGACAACAUGAAUUGUCAGAUGUCCAACAUAACAGUGACGUACAGAGAUGGGCGAGUGGCACAGCUUGAGCAGGUGUACAUCAGAGGCAGCAAGAUACGGUUUCUAAUUUUACCGGAUAUGUUGAAGAACGCUCCUAUGCUGAAGAGCAUGAAGAAUAAAAACCAGGGUUCUGGAGCUGGGCGAGGAAAAGCAGCUAUUCUCAAAGCUCAGGUGGCUGCAAGAGGAAGAGGUCGUGGUAUGGGCCGUGGCAACAUCUUCCAGAAACGAAGAUAAUUUUGGCCUUGUCCAACGUGCUUUUUUUAUUGGGGGUAUUAACUGUACUACAUGUGGGUUGCUAUCGGUUUUGUUUAAUAAAUAUUUCUGAGAAGAACUUGUCUGCUCUUAUAUGGCAGGACUCCUCUUGGGCACAUUAGAGUUCUGGUUUGUUUCUGUAGGUGGCAAAUACAUUUUAGGUUGAUUUUGACCUUAAAAGCGUAUUGUUUGGGAAACAGCAGACUUGAUAUCUAGAUUUGACUUCUUUGUACUUUUGUGUAAUGCAUCGAGUUUUAAAGAUCAUCUUGCUUCCUUUUUCUUGUUUAAUCCUGUUGUUAUUCACUCUCUAAAGAAUUAGAAGCUAUUCUUGAUGAAGAAUUUUUGAAUGUUUUGAAGUUGUGUUAGCGUCUGCAUUUAUGGAACAUACAGCCAAAUGGAGGCAGCUUCCUGGGAAGCAAAGCAGUGUUCUUUUGCUUUACAUGGAUCUACAAUAGAUACAGCUCUGUCUUCAGAGCUGUACAUUGGGCUUAUACUCUUGUAUUUUGUAUUUUUCUCUUGGGACACGGGGAAAACUUUUCACUAGAAACACCCAACUUUAGUAUUUGGUAGACAGGCUCUUCUAGCCUGAGUCUUGAGCCUGCUUGCCCGAGGUGAAAGAUUUGAUUCUAACCCUGAUAAUAGUUCACUUGUUUUUCCUCUUGCCUGGGAAGAAAAGACAGAAAAAAAGAAAAAAAAAAUGAAAAAAAUCAUUGUCAAGGAUUAAUUUGAAGUGUUUUGUGCAUCUGAAAGGUGUAUGGGGAAAGUCCUAAGGAUGGUUAUCUGUUAAAAAGGCUAAUCUUUUGAGCAAAACUUUAGCUUUUGUUUUUAAAAAUCUAUACUUGGUCACAUUGAUCACCAGCUCAAUUGUAGGAAGCCAAAUUUAGUUGUAGCUUUAUUCUGCUAAAAGUAUGGCAUGGCAGUUCUUACCGACAGUAAUGGUUGAGAUACUUAAAUUGAACAUGCCUGUACCUAACUGCAUACUUGCAUACAAUCAAUAAUCAGUCCUUACAUGUAUAAGAAGCUAUCUAGUCUUGCUCUUCUCCUGUGAUGUGUAAAGACUCUCCCUUGUGUGCAGACAUGAAAGUUGAACUAAUGUAUUCGGUUGUUGAAUUGUCUGUAAAUAAAGCAGCGUUUGAUUGCAGAUCACGAGAAAA